UGUUGGAUAAAUUGCCAUUGAUGAUUCAGAGCUAACAACUAACAGAUAACUAUGCGCUUCAGCAGAUGGCAGAUAUUGAAAAUGUUGCUGAUAAUUGUGAUGUUGAUAAUUUACAAAACUUUGGACGGACUAGAGAGGCCUAAAGACCCGGAUAUACCCAGACAAAUAGCAAUUGAGUAUGAUGACGAUCGCAACAUUGAGAAAAGAGGUAAUGCCAUUGAGAGCGAAGAAACAGAUGAGGAUCGUAAUGUUAUCGAGGGUGAUGGGAUGAAAACAAACCACAGAGGGAAAGAAACGAUUAAAGUAGCCCCAGAUUUACUUCGCCAAACAGAAAACGUAUUACAGCCUAAUAGUAAUACACACCAUCACAAUAUUUCAGAGGAACGUGGAAAAGCAAAAUGGCUGGAGACACUAAAUUGGGUAAAAAUAAAAGGCGAUAUUACAGUUUAUCUUUUGGCUGCAUUCUAUGAUGAUCGUGAUACAUUAAAGAACAAUGACCGCGAGGCAGCCGUUAGAGUGAUUGCCGUAUCUGAAUCUAUAGACAUCCAAAUGAUGUGUCAUUUACACUAUGACGAUCGUGUCGUAGAGGUCAAGGCAGAAAUAGUGCAAACAUCCGAUUUGCAACAGUUUGCAUUUCAAAAUAAACAUUUUAGAUCGAACAUUUAUUCCUGCAUGGUUUUGAAGCAACAAAAUUCAAACAAAAGUCCAAAAUUCGUGUCCAUUGUUGCUCCAUGGCAGAAAAGUCCAACUACGUUUCUUCCCAUAGAGAUGCCAGGUUAUCAAAAGCCUUUAUAUAAGUUCUGUGGAUGUCAGCGUCAUUUUGGAAACCUCGACCCUCGCCUUAUCAUUGAAAAUUUUGAAUAUCAAAAAAUGUUCGGCGUCUCAAAAAUGUUCAUAUAUACGACUGAACUCUACCGCAUUCCCGCCGCAGUGCUUGAACAUUACACAAAAGAAGGGUUUGUCGAAGUUAUAGAAGUUCCAGCCAAGUUCGAAAACUUACCACCCAGUCAUUAUAGCGCGAACCAUAUAUAUAUAGUACAACCUCCUUGUUAUAACCAUUGUAUUUAUAGGAAUAUGCAUAAAUGUGAGUUCAUGGUUAUCAACGACCCAGACGAGAUCAUUGUCCCGAGGCGAGAUCCAGAUUAUACGACUAUGUUGAAAAAUAUUGAUAGAAAUCACAAUAUCAGUGAGGGAUAUAAAACAUCCUACCUCUUUCAAAAUGCAUUCUUUUACACUCAUCUACCCCAGAACGAGACUGAGCCUAGUUACGUCAAAUCUUUACGCCAUCAAGCCCGGAUGGAAGUAGGAUACCCGGAUGACUCCGUGAAAUCAUUUCUACGGCCAAGUUCUUGCAUAGGGUAUCAGGUUCAUUUUUGUUGGACACACACACAUGAGUCAAAGGGCAAAGUAUUUGUCAAUGAGGAUUUUGCACUUAAUUACCAUUAUCGCGCAUGUCAUAAAAUAUGGGAAAGGACAGAAAAGGGAAACCGAUGUGAACAAUUCAAAAACGAAUACCAAAUUGAUACGCAUAUGCUAAGAUAUAAAGAUAGAAUUGUAAGUGCAAUGAAGGAUCAGGCUCAUAAAAUUGGACUCCCUUUAUCGUAG